AUGUCAUUGGAAGAUUGUCCAAGGUCUGGACGUCCUCUGGAAAUUGAUAUUGAACAAUUAAAAGUCCUGAUCGAAGACAAUCCACGAUUAACUACCAGUGAAUUAUCAGCUAUGCUUCUAUGCAAUCACUCCACCAUCGAUCGGCAUUUACAUGAAAUUGGAAAAGUUAGUAAACUUGAAACAUGGGUUCCACAUCAAUUAAGCUCGGACAAUAUACAGCAAAGAAUCACCAUAUGCAAUUCUUUUUUGUCAAAACGCACCCGACACAAGUUUCUUCAACAGAUUGUCACUGGUGAUGAAAAGUGGGUCCUGUAUGUCAACCAUACACUCAAGCGUCAAUGGGUCAAUCCUGAAGAUUUGCCUGAACCUUAACCAAAAAACGACCUGCAUCCGAAAAAAACUAUGCUGUCGAUCUGGUGGGAUUUCGAAGGUAUUAUCUACUGGGAACUUCUACCACCUAAUACCACGGUCGACUCGAACCUUUACUGCAAACAACUUGAGAAUUUGAAAAUUGCACUACAAGGAAAUCGUCCAGAAAGACGAAAAGUUCGAUUGCUUCACGAUAAUGCAAAACCUCAUAUCUCAAAAGUUACUCGCCAGAAGCUGGAAGAAUUAGGGUGGGAGGUCUUACCUCAUCCACCAUAUUCAUCAGAUCUGGCACCUUCUGAUUAUCAUCUGUUCUGGUCGCUCUGCAAUCACCUGGUGAAAAAGCAUUUUGAUGAUCGACUACAUCUAAAAUCGGACCUCGAGAGUUUCUUUUCGUCUUUAUCAAAGAAAUUCUUUGAAGAUGGCAUUCUCGAUUUGCCUAAAAGAUGGGAGUAUGUCAUAGACAAUAAUGGUAUAUAAGUUGUCGAUUAGUGACAUUCUGUUUCAAUAAAAUCAUGAAAUAUUGAAAAGAAAAAAAAUCGGCGGAGACUUUUGCACCAACCCGAUAUUUCGGUAUCUAUUCACAGACACCAUCAUCAGACAAAAAACAC